CCCCGCCUCCCACUGUGAAGAAGGAGGUGUUGAGUGUUCACUUGGGUGUUGCCUCCAUCUCAGACUGGAGCAUUGAGAUUGCCAGAGCCGCUACUCGCCGCCGUCCCGUUAACGCACCUCGCCUACAAAGAAGCUAAAAAAAAGCCACCAUGGGAGUCGAAGGCUGCACCAAAUUCAUCAAGUACCUGCUCUUCUUCUUCAACUUCAUCUUCUGGCUCGCGGGAUGCGUCAUUCUGGGCGUGGCCUUGUGGCUGAGACACGACCCUAAGACCAGCAGCCUGCUGGAGACUUCCUUUGAUGGCGCCCAGGCACCCAACACCUUCUACAUCAGCGUCCACAUCCUGAUCGCUGUUGGCGCGGUGAUGAUGGUGGUGGGCUUCCUCGGCUGCUACGGCGCCAUCCAGGAGUCUCAAUGUCUGCUGGGAACUUUCUUCGCUUGCCUCGUCAUCCUGUUUGCCUGCGAGGUGGCUGCUGGCAUCUGGGGCUUCAUGCACAAAGACACUGUGUCCAAGGAGAUGAUCAACUACUACGACUCAAUCUACGACAAAGUCACGGCACAAACCUUCACUGACUCGGAAAAGAAGAAGGCCGCCGCUUCAGUGCUGAAGAUCUUCCAUGAGACGCUGAACUGCUGCGGUAAAGGUCAAAUCGAGUCCUUCUUCACCCAGUUGACGGACAAGAUUGGUGUCACCGACCUGUGUCCCAGCUCCGGAACGUCAAUUAGCUGCCACACCCGCAUCCGCGAGCUGUUCUCCGACAAGAUCUACCUGAUCGGCAUCGCCGCCCUGGUGGUCGCCGUCAUCAUGAUAUUCGAGAUGAUCUUCAGCAUGGUGUUGUGCUGCGGCAUCCGCAACAGUCCCGUCUACUAGAACGGCCCGCCUCGCUCUUCCCCACCUCUCUCUCUCUCUCUCUCGUCCGUCUGUGAACAGGUAUUUAGCCCGCUGGAUGCACACCGUUUCUUCCUGAUGCUGGAGCAAAGCUGACGUGUAGACGCCAGCUCACUCGUCUAACAUUCUUCCAUUCGCUGUUCCCACGCUUCCCGUCGUGCUCUUAGUAUUCUCCGUUUUACCCCCGCCCCGCCCCCCCCACUGUUUGAUGUAUAAACUGUAUGUAAAUAUAUAUAUUAACAGUGCUUUAUGACUGCCUGAGCAUGGAUAUUGUAUCUGCCCUCCACUCCGCCAGGUGAUGCAACCAAAGCGCUCGCCUGGUUUGCGUCCUUUUUCCAGAUGUUUCCGUUGUAUAAUCUAGAGAAAGUGCAUAUUUGAUGAACACACGUUUUUAUACGGCUGUUAGCUUUGCGUCCGACGCCAUCGCGCGCUGUCUGUUGCCGGCUCGCCUCGCCCGUGUCGCCGGCGAUCGAAACGAGCAGCCUUAACGACCAAUCAGGCGUCGACGAUGUCGGCGGGCGGGCGGGCGGAAAGUGUCUUGCUACAUUUACACUCUGAAGUACUAAUAACAGAGGACCUCGUUGCCUUGCAUCCUCUUGUUCUCGUCGUCUGGUACGUCCCGAAGGGGCGGUGGAGGGGGGGCGCCGGAUGAAGGCGUCGCACGUGUAGGAGCCGACGCCCGCCGUCGUGCUCUUUGCUGCGCUCUGAUUGGCUGCCACCGUCCACCGACGCCUUCCCCUAACCUCCCCCGCACACCCGCCCCUGGUGACUUGUUUGCCCAAAUAUAAAGGGAUUAAAUGUAUUUUACAAAGAAA